GUGAAACAACAGUAAAACAUGUUGAUAUAUAUUUUUGAAUGUAUGGUAUUUUAGUGACUAAAAAAAAAGAGGAUAUUUAAAUAAGAAAACGAAUUUAAAACUAUUAUUACAGGAUAUAUCUCUGAAAUUCUGUAACUGACUAAGAGAGAAAUCAGACGUAGUGAGCAAGGCAACCAAAAAUAAAACCCUUUCAUUCUUGACCCUAAUUCCUCAAUUCGACUUUAUUUGCAGGAAAAGCCCGAAUCAAUCCAAUAUGUUUCUGCUCAACGUUAUGGUAUUGGAAACACCAUUUAUGACAGGGUUGACUGUGGCUGCGGCAGCUUAUGCCAGUAGAUAUGGUAUUCUGGCUUGGCAAGCAUUCAAGGCUAGACCACCUACGUUGCGUAGAUUUUAUGAAGGUGGUUUCCAGGCUACCAUGAAUAAGAGGGAAGCAGCUCGCAUAUUGGGUGUUAGAGCGCACACUCCAACCGAUAAGAUUAAAGCAGCGCAUAGAAGAGUGAUGGUUGCAAACCAUCCAGAUGCCGGUGGCAGCCAUUACCUUGCUUCCAAAAUCAAUGAAGCAAAAGAUAUGUUACUUGGAAAGAGCAAGAGUGGGGGGAGUGCAUUUUGAAGUAACAGUAUAAAUUUUCUGUCCAUUAUCAGAACGGUUCAGACAUAUUCUAUGCUUUUAGAAUCAAUUUUUUGUCUCCGAUUCCAUCAAUAGUGAAACCAAACACAGUACCUUCAAGGGUUUAUCGGUGUACUACCGCUUUAACAGAGUACACCCUGAAGUCUUGUUGUAACUUGUGUCAUUAAAGUUGAGUUGAGAAGGCAUCAAUAGAAGUUAUUAUACUUGGACUUUUUAACUGUCAAUUUUUGCAUUUUCAUGUGCACUUUUAUUUCCUCUCUUGUUUAGUUAGGUUUAUGCUACUUUAACAUGAAGGUUGGCUUUAACAUAUGUCUUGACUCUGAGUAUAAAUGAUUCUAUACCAACUACAAAUUCAUAUCUUAAGUAUUUGUAAUAUGAAAUAUGAAGAGAAUAUGUUAGAACGGUUAUCAA